AUGGAAAACCUGUGUUUUGUAGUAAUUCAAGCGCACGCUCCCACUGAAAAUUCAUCACAGGAAGAAAUAGACAGUUUUUACGAGGACUUAGCAAAAGCCCAUCAUUCCACAUCUACUGAGUACGUUGUCUCUAUGGGCGAUUUUAAUGCUCAAAUCGGAAUUCCAAAAAAGUACAAACGUUCCGCCACAGGAGAGUAUGGUUACGGCAUCAGAAGCGGUCGAGGCACGAGACUAAUUCAAUACGCGCAAGAGUACAACCUAAAAAUUAUAAAUACAAUGUUUAAAAUAAAACCAAAAAACCGCUGGACAUGGAUCUCUCCAGAUAAAAACACAAGAAAUGAAAUUGAUUAUAUCAUGACCAUGAAGCACCACAUGAUCUCUAAAUAUGAAGUACAACCAUCUUUCUCCUUUGGAUCGGACCACAGACUACUAAGAGCAACAAUACUCCUAAACUCAACAAAGAAAAGUAGGCGCAAUUUCUCUAACACAUCCACUAAGCUAAAAACUCUAGCGGAACAGGAAAUGUACCUGACAAACAUCUACAGCUUUAUACCAGAACUUAUAGAGAAUCAAAACAACUAUAAUGUGGAGGAGUACUACCAAAAAAUCAUGCGCUACAUCAAGAUAAGUCUAAAAAACAUUAAAGGAACACAAUCCGUGGAACACAAACCACAUAAGAACAAAAUCCUAUCCGCGAAAGCGCUAGAACUCAUGAAAGAUAGGAGCGAACUACAAAAUAAGCCCAAAUUAAGCGUAACUGACAAAGAAAAACUAAAAUCUUUGUAUAAACUUACCAAUAAAGAAAUAAAAAGGUGCUACGUUACCUACAGAACAACAACUAUACUAAGACACCUCGAUAAUAUUAGAUCUGCCAAAAAAGCUUACAAAGAGCUAAAUCAAGCCAAAACAUGGGUUCCUUUUCUCAAGUCUGGCAACAACAAAUGCAAAUCUCGCACAGAAAUCAUAAAUGCUGCUACUAACUUCUACGCUAAUCUAUAUCGACAAUCAGACACACAAAGUCAAAACAUGGUUUCCUAUAGCUACACAGAUACCUCUCCAACACACCAGUUAACAGAAAAUGAAAUAUGGAAACAAAUAAUGAGACUUAAGCCAGAAAAAAACCCUGGACCUGAUAGAAUCACCAGCGAAUGUAUCAAGGUUGCGAAGACUCUACUACUGACACUAAUCACUAUCCUAUGGAAUAAAAUACUUGAUGAAGAAGCUGUGCCACAUCAAUGGAUGACAUCGGAAAUUAUACUACUAUAUAAAAAAGGUGACCCAGCUGAUAUAGGCAAUUACCAUCCUAUAAGCCUAAUACCUUGCUUUUAUAAACUUUUUGCCUCCUGUCUACUUGAAAGGAUAGCCCCAGUCAUCGAUGCUCACCAACCGAUCGAACAAGCUGGUUUCAGAAGCGGUUUCAGCACGAUGGAUCAUAUCCUGUAUUUAGCUUUCAUCGACUACAAAAAAGCUAUUGAUUCAAUUUCACACGAGAGCAUCUGGGAAUCGCUGAAAGCACUAAACACAAAUGAAAAGUAUAUUAAUAUCCUAAAAAAUAUUUACUCUAACAGCACAAGUAGAGUCAAACUGGAUAGAGUAGGCGAAGUAAUCAACAUAAAAAGAGGUGUCCGGCAAGGAGACCCGAUCUCACUAAAAUUAUUCAUAGCCGUUUUACAACACGCAAUGGGAGAGCUGCCAUGGUCCAAUCAAGGUAUUAAUAUAAAUGGGAAUUUUCUGAGUCAUCUCAGAUUUGCUGAUGACAUAAUUUUAUUUUCGGAAACCCCUCACCAAUUAAAUACAAUGGUAAAUGAAUUAAACCAGGCUAGUAUAAAAACUGGUUUGGAAAUGAAUCUGGACAAAACUAAAAUUAUGUCUAACCGCAGUGCAACGCCCAUCUUAACAAAUAACACACCUCUCGAGUUUGUCAACAACUACAUUUCAACAAAUCUCUUUUAG